AUGAUCCCUAUCACCGUGAAAGCUGUUGAUGAAAGCACCUCGUCCGGAGAUGAACGGGUGUUGCAGGAGGAGCUAUUCACGAUGCUACGCUACUCGUCUGGUAUUAAGAAGGUGAAGCAAGUGUACUACAAUGUGUACCAAUUGGCGUCGUGUGUUUGUCCGGAAAUUAGACCGAAGUCGACGGCCUGGUUGAAAAAGCGUUGGGAGUCACUAGGUAAACGACAGUUGCGCCGAAAUCGUGAUAAUGAAGGUCAAGAGCCAACCGAAGUGGCGAGUGCACCUUCACCUCGUCUACAAGUAGGCCUGAAGUUGUCGAACAGCGAGGCGAGUGGUACCGCGUUGCGCGAGCCUGUACUUCUCACUGCCAACGCGCAAUUGGCUCCAGAGACUAGUUGUAAAAGCGCUGUCACGAACGGUGAAACGAUUGCGUCUGUAGUCGCUGCAGUACCAGGGCCCCCUCGUGUGCUGCCCGAAGUCAUGGAUGCUGGGACCAAACAGCACCUGUGA